CUGCUUGAAGUGAAAUAGUAUCUAUACAAACGUAUUUUUCCUUAACUGACCUGCUGGAAUCGUGUCACAGUUGUGCUAACGUUACGAUAACGUCAACUCAGAAUAAAAUAGCUCAAAACUGCUGUAUUGGAACCAAAUGUGUCACUCAGCAGCGGUUUGUUUGUAGUGGCAGUAACGUUAGCAGAUGGCUAGUUAGCCAGAUAGCUCAGGGGAGGCAACGUUACCUUGUCAACUAGCUAUCGUCAACUGUAACUGCGGUGCACAUUAACAGCUAGGAAACACCAGCCGCACAGUUCCUUUCUACGAUUGGGACCCAGCUGGAUAACCAACAGCAAUGUCGCUGUCGACUGAGGCUCAUUUUGGGCUGAGCCAAAGCAGCAGAGGUAACGUUAACGUUAAAGGAGACACUAUUUGUGUGGUGUCCGACCUCUCCUCUGAACUCCUGGCAGAUGACUUCGACCUGAAUAAGUCCUACCCUUGUACUCAGUACCCACGGUACAAGAAGAGCCUUAUGACAUUGCAACAUCGUUAUUAUUCUGGUUCCUUUACAGGUGAACAUUUGGAUUUUUGCACUUCUGUCGCAGAGAGAAACUGCCAAAUCUCUAGCUUACAUCCUGGCUCCCAAGUGUUUGCUGUCUGCCUGCCACACCAGUCCACUGUGUCGGAGACAGGGGAAAGCUUGUUCAGUCAGCUAAUCUCUGGAGAUUUUGGCCUGUCAGGAUCUCCAUCUGCCCUCAAUCCAAACAAAGCCAUUCUUACUGUGGACCAUAAAACCAGAGAGAUUUUGUCAGCAAAUGAGCAGGCCUGCAAACUGUUUGAGUGCACCACCGAUGAGCUGACUGGAAAAAAACUGUCCUGCAUAGUGAAGAAAACAAGUCAGGUUUUGGAAGAAGCACUGGAAGAAGAUUUUCUGCUUGUGGAUGGAACUGUCGCGGGGGUGUCUGGAAAAGUGGUGGAUGUUGUGACAUUAUCGGGAGAGGUGCCAGUGUCGGUGUGUACCCACAGAAAGUCACAAAAUGAAGAGCACUUCCUUGUCAUGAUGGAAAAUGUCGAAAGGGUAUCAGCCACUCUGUCCUUUUCACAAGACGGCAGCAUCCUAACCUGUGAUUUGACAUUUGCCCAUCUCCAUGGAUACCACCAUCCUGACGAAUUAAAAGGAGUGUCUGUCAAGGAUCUAAUCCCCUCUUUACAAAUCCCCCUCCACAGUAAUGCAUUGCCCAAAAUGCUGAGAGUUCAGAGAGUGUGUGGGAAAAGCAGAGGAGGUGCAUCUGUCCCGCUGUGCAUCAAACUUCAGGGGGCAGUGGUAUGUGGGAGGCCCCAACACCAAAACAAUGGGACUGGUUGCACCUGUCCAACCGAGAGUCUUGAAAGAUCAGAUGCACAGGACAAGCAGCCAUACUCUCCUCUCACCUCCUCGGUGUGCAAGUCAGUUGGCGAACACGAAGUCAAAGUGGACAGCAUUGUCCUCUCUCCCAGCCCUGCACUGGAGUACUCUGGAACAGUUUGGGUGUUUGCUCCUGUGAGCGGCCUCCUCCUGCUCCACUCCGAUGGCUCAAUCUACAGCAUCCACAGCCACCUGGCUCUCAGUCUGUUUGGCUACAACAAGGACGAGCUGCUGAGAAAGAGUGUUACUUUUCUGAUGCCCGGUUUCUAUGGAUGGAUGUGUGAUGCAGGUAGGAAGGCCAGCUCCUUCUCUGAUUCUCAAGCACAGGCUUCGGGUAGAUCAGACCCUUCUUCGCUGGUGGCUGGUGAUAUGGGCAUGGUGCAACACGCUGUCCUGGGUAGAACCUCCACAGGGAGAGGCCGGAUCUUCACUGGAACCAGCACCCGGCUGGAGAAACAGGGCAGCGCUUUGUCCACCCUUUCUCCUCCUGCUGUCACCUCUACACGUGUGCUUAUGGCCGAUGACACUACAGAGCUGAUGGAGGAGGCAGCCCAAGUUGCUCUCUGCAGUAGCCAGACAGACAGUACAGACAGCACUCAAGCACUCCUCAAGACAUUUGCCUGGGUGGAACCUCCAGAAGAAGACACCUUCUGCCCAGAUCCUGCUGAACCACCACACCAUAACCGGGAACAGCAACUGGGAAACACUCCCUCUCAGAAUGGACAUGCUGUUGGCACAGUGGGUGGCAUGGUCCCUGAUGUAGGGAAAGACAACUGCUCAUGUGCCUCUGUUCUCCAAGACUCCAGCUUUGAGGUGAUCUCACUGGAGAGCAGGUCUUCCUCUGGCUUUUGUGAAAAGUUUGCCGGCCAUGGUGGUUCUGAUCCAGGCCAGCCAGAGGACUCUCGUUCAGCACACAUUGUGGACUCAGCCAGCUGCUUCCUAGAUCUUAACAGCAAUGGUGACCUGGUGACCCGGGCCCUUGCUGACCUAGAUCUGAGCGGUAGCAUAGAGCUGCUUAGCGGCAGAGGGUACGGUGACGAUAACCGACGCUCCAUGACGUCCUGUGAUACAGCUGAGCUCCUGCGUACGCCCUCACCAUGCGUGAUAGGGUCUGACCAGGAGGCGGAGCCUGUUGAGACUGGGAACGCUGGCGUAGACACCAGAAACGGCUCAAGUGAGGAGAAAGAAGAAAAGGAUCAGGGCGAGCAGGAUCAGUGGGCAGCGCUCUCCUCAAUUCAUAAAGACAAGAGCCAAGGGUUCUGCAUGCAAACGAACGGUGAGAUUCAGUCAAUGAGAGAGAUUCCUGCCACAUCUACUCCUAAGAAACAGAAGGUGAAUGGACGCCCGCUCUCCUCGGACAGUACACAGAUAGUGGAGGGGCAAUUCAAUGGAAGCGCAUACCACAGAGAUGGCACAAGAGUAGAUGUGCAGUGUGAUGUGUGCAGAACUAACCUCCCUGAUGGGAGCACUGUAUUCUGUGUGUGGAUGAGUAGGCCCGGCCAGCAUGGGACACAAACCGAUCGAUCACUGCACAAUCAAUCAGGAGCUAGUCCAGGAGAGAGGAUUGACGAGGCCAGUCACGGUGAGGCACUACGCUCCACCAUGGACCUGGAGCAGUCUCGAGCCUGUGACGGGCAGUUUGAAGAAGAGUACCAGCCUGUUAAAGCUGUCGGUAAAGGAGCCUUUGGUUUUGUCUGGAAGGCAGUAAGGCGAAGUGAUGGCCAAGAAGUGGUAGUGAAAUUCAUUAGCAAGGCCAGGAUAGUGAGUGAUUGCUGGGUCGAUGACCCCAUGCUGGGACGAGUCAGCCAGGAGAUUUCCAUACUGACACGAGUUCAGCACCACAACAUAGUGAAGGUGCUGGAGGUGUUUGAGAAUGGGAGUUACUUCCAGAUGGUAAUGGAGAAACAUGGCAAUGGCUUGGACCUUUUUGAAUUCAUCGACAUGCAGCCAAGGCUGGAUGAGGCCCUGGCCAGCUACAUCUUCAGACAGCUGGUUGCCGCUGUCUUCUAUCUGAGGACUAAGAACAUCCUUCACAGGGACAUAAAAGAUGAGAACAUCAUCAUUGACAAGUGUUUCCACAUUCGACUGAUAGACUUCGGCUCUGCUGCCAUGAUGGCUCCCGGGAAGCUCUUUUACAAUUUCUGUGGCACACUGGAGUACUGCUCCCCGGAGGUUCUUCAGGGAAAUCCCUAUGAGGGUCCAGAGCUGGAGAUGUGGUCUAUUGGUGUGUUGCUCUACACGCUGCUGUUCAGUGAGAACCCUUUCUGCGGUGUGGAGGAGAUCCUAAACGCCAAACUAAAACCCCCGUUCCACAUCUCUCCAGACCUGCAUGGUGUGUUAUGCGGGCUGCUGCACAGUGAUCCUGUUCAGAGAAUGACUCUGGACCAGCUGCUGCUGCAGUCCUGGAUCAGCCAGCCCAUUUCCCUGGCAGAGUACAGCUGGACAGAGGUGGUCCCUGCAACUCAGUGCUACUCCUCACCACCGCACCAGGAGUCCAGUCCCAAAGUGUACUUCAGGCAAAGCUUGUUCCCGGAUCAGUGUGAUGACACCCUUCCCGAUGAUGAGGAGGAGGACGAUGAGGAUGACAGGUUGUCAAUGGUGGCCCUGGAAACAGAGCUUCAGAAGUACCUCCACGAGGAUUAAAGACUAAUUUAAAAGGGGUGGAUCCGUCCAACGUUUAGCCUGCAGCAAUGAGAAGAGGACAUGAAGUGCAAAAUAAGAAAAGCGAAGCUUGUCUGAGUCCAAGGCCUUAAUCAAACUUCACUCUGUCCAGACAAAGGACCUUUGCCUUAUAUGGAGUAAACACAGCUUGCUACCAAGUGCAAUGAAUAUCUUUGUCAAGCUGGUGUUGGUCAAAAUGUGCUUGUUUUGUGAUAUUUGUGACUGCAUCACAGGGAAACAAAUGCAUCACAAUGCACCAGCAGUUUUUCCCUUUUAUUUAAUCUAUUGUAUUUAUACUCUGGCUUUAGGGGGAAAUUCAAGCAUUAAAAUCAACAGUUCACAGGGAUCCAAAAUCCAUGACUUGUGUUUACCUCAGAAACCACACAGAGAACUUUUGAUUGAAGUUGAAGGAAAUAGUUUUAUUGUUCCAGCUUUUGUUCAGUACAUGUCUGUUUUAUGCUCAUGAUUUUAAUCUUCAGUGUUUUAAUUAAAAAUUGUAAGUAUAUUUACAA